ACCUAGUUUGUUUUUGUGCGUAAAGGCAAAGGAAAGGUGUUUGUGUGAAUUAGUGAAAAUACUAAAAAUAUAUUUUAAAUGAAUAUUAUUUUUCUGAUUUUGAAUUAGAUGUAGUUAUACUUAAUUAUAGGAUGUUGUGUUCCGUGAUUUUUGCCUUAAGUAUAUGUUUACACGUCUAAUUAAUUUAUUUUGAAAGAAAUCUCUACUUGUUUACAUUUAGUUUCCCCCUUCUGCAUUGCUAAAGGGCGCAGCUUCGAGCGAAAACCAUUACUAAGUGAUAUACCGCGAGCAAUGACCAUUACUUUUAUAAGUGAUAUAGAUACAACUAGGCCAGCGAGGCUGUCGCACAAUAUUACAUUUAUUAUUAUUCUCAUUUGAGAAAUCGAGAUGUUUAGACGCACGGCCAUUCUCAGUUCAGUAGUUGCACGGAUGUAUCGAAUUAUUGAAUCAUUACCAGUACUACUAGCAAACUCAAAAGUGGAAUUGUCACCGCUCUUCAUAGCCUGCGGGCUUAACGACAUCAUCACGAUUUCAGCACCAAUGGUAGACAAAAAUGCUCUAUAUUACUUGACUAAACCCAAUGGAGAUGUAACAAAAAUCGAUAUACAACAACCGAGCUAUAUAAAGAGGAAACACAAUGAUCUUUAUAAUGAUGAAAUAGCCACCCUAAACAACUACCAAAUAUUAAACGUUAAAGAUAAAAGAUUAAAUGAAUUGGAAAUGGAAGAGAGAAUUGAAUCUAGUGAUAUAGUUAUAGGUCCUUUGACAGAAGACGAUCAUGGUAAUUGGGUGUUAAGCGUUUAUCACAAGGACUUGGAUGGGAACUGGAUUGAACUGUUUCAAGUGAUUACUAUAGAAAUUGUUGAAAACGUGCCGCCGAGUCUAAGCAACCCAACAAUAAGUCUAGGAGAUGAGUUCAGACCAAGUUUUGCAUAUCCUAUUAAAAAUUUAGAAAGUUGUGAACUCAUUGCACCGGGUUCCACGUUCGAUCGCUUUUAUACCAGAAGCAAUAUAGAAUUUGACAGAUGCGGAUACGUCAUAAACAAUGUGACGAAACCAGACGAGGGUCUUUGGACGAUCAUCGGCGUCGGAAGAAUUGUCUAUGAAACACAAAUUUAUUUAAAAAUAUUAAAUACAAUAACUUAGCAAUUAAA